AUGGCGGAGUUGGCUCGUGCAUCUGGGGUACUUGCGAGAGUUAGUACAUGGAACUUUGACAUCGAUCGAUACUUGAACCGGCUGGUUCCAGCGCCGAGAUGGCACUUGAUACCCAAGCCCGUGGCGCAUUUCCUCGGGUAUCGGACUGAAACACCCAAGCCACUUGGGAAUAUUGUCAUUGCAUUUUGGUCACUCAUCGGUGCAUUUUGUGGUGUUGCUCUGGUGGCCUCGGUUUCCCAGAAUGUGCCAUCCUUUGAAGCUCGAGAUGCUCCGGCUAUUAUAGGCAGUUUUGGUGCUGCGGCUGUCAUUGAAUUCUGCGUCAUUGACUCGCCCUUGGCACAGCCCCGAAACGCAUUCUUUAGCCAGAUGAUUGCCUGUCUGGUCGGCGUGGGCAUCUCUAAGCUGUUUGCCUUGAGUCCCAAUGCCGAGAAUUAUACUUCUCUUGGGGGUGCCCUGGCCUGUGGACUGACCACCUGGCUCAUGGUGCUCACAAACACUGUACAUCCGCCGGCGGGUGCCACAUCCCUACUUGCCGUCACCAAUUCCCAAACCGCGGCGCUGGGCUGGUUCCUGUUCCCAGUGAUGAUUUUGGGCGUCACGCUGAUGCAGGCUGCGGCCUUGUUAAUCAAUAAUAUUCAGCGUCGUUUCCCAUUGUAUUGGUGGACACCUCGUCCUCUCUCACGACCAGAAAUCCGAGACAUUGAAAAACACAAGGAUUCUCCUGACCUUUCCAGUCAAUAUGAGGACAGCUUAGGCGAACUUCGACAACUAGUGGUGGGAAGAAACGAGAUUUUGGUUCCAGACGGUGUAUAUUUAAGCACAGUCGAAAGAGGUGUAUUGGAAAUGAUCCAAGGGCGCAUAUAA